AUGGACCCCGCUAUGCCGCCAGCUCUUCCAUCCGGAAAAUCCCUCGACAAUCCGAUUGCUGCGAUGGCAACAGAACCAGAGCUUGUAUCACCAGCACCAGACCCAACGGCUCAAGCUGGCCAUGGCAAUGUAACGGGUGGCAUCUACGAGACUCAGCCUGGUGCAUUAGCCGUAAAAUGUCCUGCUUGUCCACACCCUGGCAUAAACUUGCCGGAGGACUGGAACAAGGUGGAUGAAUCAAUGAAAUUUCUGUAUUAUCUAAUUAUCGCUAUGGAUGCCAACUUCCGCCUCAAGGACAGGGCUCGAUCUUCUACAAAUGCUGAUCCUGGGCUGCACACGGGUCUGGCGUACUUCGUUCCUGAAAAACCUUAUGCGGAGUACAUACUCAGGAAUGCAAGUCAAACCGAUGUAGGUUUUGAAAAAGAUUCACUCUCGAUGCACAUGCUUACGGGGCACCAACCCACUAGAUUAGCACUUGUUCAGGCUUUAGGACAUUGGCGCAUGCUGAAUCUAAGUAUUCGAGUGGGUUGCGAGCGACUGGUGUUGGCUUAUGUCUUUGUGCACGCCAUGAAUUUGUUCGACCUCAAGGAGUUGGAGACCUUCAAAAGGGUGAAAGGUAUUUGCGUUUAA